CGCGGCAAAUCAGUUUGGAAAUUCCUGGCGGCAGGGACCAACGAUAUACCGAAGAAGAAUAAUCUUUCGUGAGCAGGAAGAAGCGACAUGUAUUCUACCUUCAAAGUGACUCAUAAUCUUGGAUUAAUCUGUAGAAUCAUUUGUUUAUUCCAGUUCAUUCAUUUUUUUGUGGUUCUUAUGCCAAUGUUUCUACGAAUUGAUUGGGGGAGAAAGAAGAAAAGGAAAAUGCCGCAGAAGCUCCAAGCAAAGAAGAAUAAGAUGAAAAGCGAAAUCCACCAGCGUUUUGUCCACUAGGAUUGAGAAGCUCAAUGACUUCCUACUGCAUGAUUAUUUGGGCAAUUAGGCAGUACUCGAUCGAUAUGAAACCAAAUCUGCUUGCCUUGGUUGAACAUAUUGGCAAUGGUGGCAGUGUAGAAUCUUCAAGGUUCCCAUUAACUCCUCGAUUAGCAGAAAAUCUGGGUAACAUUCCUUUGCAUUAUUUGCCUCAUUAUGGUGCAUUGAUUGAAUGGUCCGAACAAUUGAAGUUAGAUCUCCAGAGAGUCCUAGGAAAGAAGCUCUAUUACUUGUUCUUUUUGGUAUGCCCUUGUGCUUUUCUUCAAUGAAAACUCGGAUUUUAAGUAAGAAACUAUACGUCCAUGGGUUAUGUUGGGCUCGUGUUCAUUGCCUCGUCUUUGACAUGUUCAUCACUUCACUUUGAUACUCUUUAGAUCUACGGCGCUCAUCCUCUAGUCUCUAAACUUACAAGAGUUCAUGCGCUAUUGAGCCGCUUGCGCUUAUUUAUCUUUGCUUAUUGUUAAGUCUCUUGAGCCUCCACUUUUUAUUUUUCCCUUUUUAAGGCACCCUAAGUAGACCCACAAAUUCUCUUUAUGGAAUAUUUUAGAUAUAUAGAUUUAGGAUGACCCAUCUUCACAUUCUCUAUAGAAGAAAUCCAUAUAAAAUUUUUUCUUUCUUGAAAACUUCAUUUCUGACUUAUUUUACAAACAAGUAGAGUUCCAAUUGGUUUUAUUAGCACUUGUAUAUAAAUAAUGUUUCAUCUCUUCAAGGGUUUGUAGAAUAUACAGACAUAUAUACAUACACACACAUAGAUACAUAUACAUACAUGUGUGUGUGUUUAGUUCUAAAGAUCUAAACAAACAAAUGAAAUAAAGCCCCAAAAUACAGAUUGAAAAAGAUUUUGCUCUCAACAUUUAAAGGGCAAAAUUUAGGCAGGUCUUUUCUCUCUCUCUCUAAGCUGCAGAUUAGGUAUUGUAUGAAUGGGUUAUUUUGCAACAGAAACAGCGAGGUAUGUGGCCAACCAAACAAGAGGAAGACAUGGUCAAAAUAACCUUAAAUAUAACAACGUUAAGAGCUUCAAAAUCACAACCCUUUUACGUGAAGGACAUGAACCUUACAAGGCUAGUCAGACCAGACAAAGGCUAAGGAGAGUUUGAGAUAUCCAAAAUACAUAAAUAAAUCACGAAAUCUCUCUCUCUCUCUCUCUCUCUCUCUCUUCUCGCUCUCUGUUUCAUUGAGGGACAUCAGAAAUCAGACAUUAUGGCAAAUUCAUCAUCAGGAAUGGCAGUGCACGAUGAGUGCAAGCUCAAGUUUUUGGAUCUGAAGACCAAGAGAAAAUACAGGUUCAUAGUGUUCAAGAUCGAUGAGAAGAUCCAGCAGGUCAUGGUAGAGAAGGUCGGUGGUCACGACGAAACCUACGCCGAUUUCACGGCUUCCAUCCCUGCCAAUGAGUGCCGUUAUGCUGUCUUUGAUUUCGAUUUCACAACUGAUGAGAAUUGUCAGAAGAGCAAGAUUUACUUCAUUGCCUGGUCACCCGACACGUCGAAAAUAAGAAGUAAGAUGUUAUAUGCUAGCUCGAAGGAUAGAUUCAAGAGAGAGUUGGAUGGAAUUCAGGUCGAAUUACAGGCAACCGAUCCGAGUGAGAUGAGCUUUGACAUCAUCAAAGCAAGAGCUCUCUAAAUCCAUCCAACAGAAAUAAAAACUAUUUUCAUUCCAAUAAAAAGUUAUAUAUUAUUUUUA